CCCGGCGUCUUUGUUUCCCGUGGCAACCGGCCGUCCUUGGCUCUGGCCUCAGAGGCGCCGCGCCUGAGCAGCAAGAUGGCCCUGAGCAACUGGACCCCAGAAAGGGGGUUUAGCGAGAAGGUGGUACACGAGGCCGCCGUCACCACCGGCCCUUCGCUGGAGUUAUGCACCUUCCCCUCCACCCUGGGCUCCUCGAUCGCGGCCGCCGCGCUGGAGCAGCUCUUUGUUGUGGAACAAUCAUUGCAAAGUGACUAUUUUAAAUGCAAUGAAGAAGUUAGGAUCUUUCUUCAGAACAUUGCUGUAGCUGUUAAACAAUUGGAGGAAAUGAGAAAAAACACAAUUGAUCUUCUGGAAAUCGAAAGCAUGAAACUCAGCAGACUAUACUACCUAUUGCAAACCCUUCCCACUAGCAUUAACAAUGAAUUUGAAGAAUGUGUCAGAGAUGCUCGCAAAUUAAAUCUUCUUGAGAUAAAUGAAAUAAAAAUGAAAAUUACAAGGACGAAUAAUGAAAUACAGUUUCUGAAGAUGGAAAUAAGUGAUCUGAAAGAAAUUAAUGAAGUUCUAGGUAUGAAGCAGGAAGAGCUAUCCAGGCAGCACAAGAAGUUUGUUCUGUCACUCAACCAAUGGAUGGAGGAAAAAGCCGCUGCCACUGUUUAUAUAAAUGAGACUGUUAACCAAAUAAGCUUGGAAAGAGAUGACAUAGAAUUGCAAAGAUCAUAUAUUCAAGAGACAGAAGAGCUAAUGGAAAAAGAAAGAGCAGAAUAUCUGCUGAGAAAACAACAUUUGAUUGCAGAGAUUGAAGAAGUUAAAAGAGAUCUUGAACUUAGAAGAAAGGAGACUUUACAAAUAAAGAAAGCAUUGGAUAAAACAGUAGCUAAAGUAUCAAAAAUGAAAGAAGCGAUUACUACCAGAACAGUGAUUCUUAGUGAUCACAAUUUAGAGAUAGCACGACUAUACGAAGCAAUAAGGAUUUGGGAAUAUCAGGUUUCACAGCUAAGGAACGCCUGUAAGAUCCUGGAGGAUAAAAUGUUAUUUUUUGUAACCAAUAAGGAAAAACUAGAAGAUAUAUCUAAUAAAGAAAAAAAUGAAUUCCUGCACAAGAUAAAGCAGAUGGCUGAAAAAAUACACAAAACUCGAGUAGAAAACAAAGAACUACAACAGAAAAUGCAUACUCUUAUCAGGCAAUAUAAGAUUGUCUUAAUUGAGGAGGAUAAAGUCUAUAUUCAGAAACGGAAGGCCCAAAAUGAAAGUCAAGAACAACAGCAAUUUAUUUCUGGUAAAGAAAACUUCCUAUCACAAAGAAAAGUAGACAUCAAAAACAUGGAAGAUGGAUAUGGCACACUCCAUGAUCUUUAUCGAGCAACAAAGGACAUACUUCGGAAACAAAUAAAAUUCCUGGGUAAAAACCUGGAAAGGGAAAUUCAGAGAUGUGUUUUCUAUCAGUGGAGACUAGCUUGUUUGAGAAAAAUUCAUGCACGUUGGACAAGCACAACACACUCUGAAAUAGAAGAUAUUAUAACAGGAAUUGAGAAAGCAGAAGUUAGACGAAUUGAAUUACUUGAAGAGACAAAUGUGAGAAAAGCGGAGAUCAGUGAAUUUGUGGUAGAUAUUGAAAAAAUUUCAACAGAAUUAAAGGAAGAUGAGCAGCAAUUUGUUACCAAAGAAAAAAAGCUAAUACAAGAUUUAAGCAAAUAUGAGAGGUGCAAAGGAAGAUCAUCCACGUGGAAAUAUAGGAACUCAGGGAAGAGAUAUCAGAAGGUGACAGCCAGAAAACAAGAAGAGGGGAAAUGGAAACUGACACAACUUAGAGAACAAACAAAGGAGAGAAAUUACACAAAGCCCGUCACUAUUAGGAGAAACAGAGGAGUUCCAGAGCACGGUUUGCCCGUUAGAAGAGCCCUGCCUUGGGCAGAAAUGGCUGCACCCUUGCACCACCUCCUUGCUCAGUCACUGGGUGGGGGCCGCCCUGGGAAGAGCAUGAUGCUGGCUGAAUAGCUGAGGCCCACCCUGAGGGAGCCAACCACUGGAAGUGUCAGCUAAACAUGCUCCUGACAAUGACAUCUGAACAUUUGAGUCCUCCCUGAAGGAGAGAUCCAUGUGGAGUAUCUCUAUGUCUGUCACAUCCUUCUACGCCUUCGUAAGUACUUUGUCCUUUGCUCUGUCUGGGCUGGGAAGCCACUGGAGGGUUCUGAGUAGAUGGCUGAAAUAUUCUGAUUUUUUUUUUAAAUAGGAUCACUCUAGCUGCUAGGUUGAGUAGAAUUUAGUAAAGCAAACAGUGGCUGCAAAAAGACUGAUUAAGGAAGUGAUAGCAAUAACCCAAGUGAGGAAUGAGGGGGCUUGAACUGGAAUGGUAACUGAAGAGGCGAUGAGAAGGGGUCAGCUUCUCAGACUUCUUUUGACUAUAAUGCUGACCCAUUUGCCAUCCUGCUUAAUGGUAAAACAAUGGGGAGGAUCCUCUGAGAGUCAUGAAUAAGAUAAGGAAUAAGGAUCCAAUUUAACAUACACAAGCCUACAAUGCAAUUAAGCAAGAUGAAUAAAAUAGAAGCAUAAGACUUCACAGAGGAGACUAUUGGCAUAUUGCAAAAACUCAAGAAAAUCAAUGGCAAAACCACUACAGACAGCCCUCCAGCCUGCACUCUGCUUGCCAGGCUGAGUGCUCAGUGUGGGGCUGUGUCCAUCCACACCAAAUUCACACAAAGGCACAGACCAAUGGCAGCCUGGGCACCAUCAUUAAUAUGGCAAAACCCCCAUUCCCCCUUGAUACUCACCAUUAGUAGCCCUGGACACAUUGUAAUCCCCUUUCUGCCUUUGGUUCAGCGGCAUGAGGAGCCCAAAUGGAAACGAAGCAACCUCAGAUUCUGGUUUAUGGAACCACUCUACUCCCCAGUAGUGAGAUCUCUGAACUGACAGCUCAAAGUCACAGGGAGGAAAGGCAAAGUCAUUAGGUUUAAUAAUGAGAAGUCCCACUAUCGCCUGGGUCUGUGACCCAUAAACCCUAUGGAAAAUGGCUCUAUUAAUUAGUCACUGUUUCAGAAUAUAAACUUCCCUGUGUUGAGAAGUACUGUCUCCCAGGCAGUGCCGUGGCUGAUUUUUCCACAAACCUGGCCCCAAUAUCCAGGGCCCUCUACUGUAAUUCUCCUAUCAGAGCUCAUCACAGGUUUUGUACAUUAUUCUGAUCCAGCUCAGACACCCAGAGCACCAAUGGAUCUACUGGGCCCUACAGCCCUGUAUCUGGCGGAAUUCGAUCAGAGAAGCAGAGCCACCAGGAAAGGAUUGUUUGUUGUAGGAUUCAACCUUUCGUAAUUGUGUGCACUGGUUACACAGUUGAGUAAGGCUGUCGGCAUUACACCUGGUGCUGGCGCCCAAAGUCAGCAGGGCAGUCACCUGCUGCAGGGCUGUGUCCAUCCACACUGAAUUCACACACAGGCAUGGACCGAUGGCAGCCUGGGCACCAUUAUUAUAUAGCAGGAAGAAAGGAAAGAUGGACAGGAAGUGAAUGAAAGCAAGAACAAACUGAAACUCACAGGAUGAGCUAACAGCAACAAGCAUGGACUGAAUCGGUCUUUCUCUGCCUUCCCAGGCUCCAACUUCAGGGAGGUGGGAGACCUGCAGCAGAAGCUGAAGCCCUACCCUAAAUAUGUGUAAGGCUCAGGAAUCAGAGACGAGAUGCUGAAGAAGGGUCUGGAAGGAUCUGAAGAAGGUGCAGGCCUGACUGGCUGCUCUGCUCCAACAACCUGAGUUUGCAGACAAGCAACAACUGGCCUGA